AAUAGAGUUAGAGAGGUACGAGGAGGCAUUCGAGAAGGAUGCGGACGAGAAAAUUAUUUCAUCUUACUUAAAUGAUACAUCUUGUUCAAAUGAUUCACCACAUCAGGACACAGCAAAGCAAUUUUGUGAUAUUUCAGACAAAUAUAUUAAGGAAAAAGUAUCACAAAUGAUGGGUCUAGCAUUUAACGUGAGCGCAAAUCAGGAGAAACGUGAAAACGCCUUGAUUACUCUGCUUAGGCUUGCACGUUGGAGAACUGAUGCCUACGAGAUCUUCAUAAAGGAAGUAAGAGAAGAUGAUGAAGCGAUCUGUAGCGCGAUUCGUAUUGUAGCCGAAUUAUGCAAUAACAAUGUUAAUCGAACUAAGUCCACUAUGAUAAACGUUGUUUUGCCUUGGUGUCUGGAAAUGAUGAACAGCGCAUCUACGGAGAGAGUCAACGCGUCUCAAUACUGUUUACAGAAUAUAUUAAACAUUUACACCGGCAUGAAUGAUAAACCCGUUUCAAAACUCGACGAAACUUUGUACGCAGCGCUGGUAAAGCGCGAGAAAGAUAUUGAUAAGUUUCUGUCAAGCUUGUUGGAUAAAAUAGGGAAUGAAACAACAACAGGCAUUGCUAGAGACACAUUAAUGAAACUUAUUACGUGUAACAUUCAUCAUGCUGCAUUAGACUGGGCACAACGAUUGGUUGAAUUUGGCGGUUUGCAAACAUUAAUGAAAAUUGCCAGUGAAAUGGUGGAAUUUAAAAACGAAUCUUCGAUCGACAUCACAUCUUCCACGCAAACUCUAAUCAGUAUGUGCUUAACAAAAAUAUAUAAAAAGAUGUGCAAUGAUGGUGAUAAGGCAACAUUUAUCAAAGCCAUUGAAAAAUUUAUUGAAGAUGAAUUGCCUCAUUUUGACACAGAAUCCAAAGUGCGCAUGGUACUUGCGAUAAUGUUCGGCCCGUUAGAUGUUGAGAAAGUCGAGUCCAUUAGGAUAGACGUUUUGCCUUGGUGUCUGGAAAUGAUGAACAGCACAUCUUCAGAGAUAGUCAACGCAUCUCAAUAUUGUUUACAGAGUAUAUUGAACACUUGUUGCGGCAGGAACGAAGAACCCGAUUCAAUGCCCGACGAGACUUUGUGCAAGGAGCAUAAGCAAGUAAUUGACACUAUUCUGUCAUGCUUGUUGGAUAAAAUAGACAAUAAAACGCCGACAUCAGGCAUUGCUAGAGACGCAUCAAUAGAAUUUAUUGCGCGUAACAUUCAUUAUACUGCGUUAGGCUGGGCCAAACGAAUGAUAGAGUUUGGCGGUUUGAACACAUUAAUAGAGUUAACCAGUCAAUUAGUAGAAUACCAAUACCAAUCUUCGUUCGACAUCACGUCUUUCACGCGAACUAUAACCAGAAAGUGUUUAGCAAAAAUCAAUGAAAACUUGCCACCUGAUUAUAGGCAACGACUUUCCGCAAACAUUACUGGAUUUGUCAGAGAUAGAUUAUAUUCGCUUGACGAAGAACCUAAAUUGCGUGCAAUAGUUGCGAUGACAACCUUAACAUUCGGCCCGUUUAAUGUUGCAAACACAUUUAUUACUAAUGACAGACUGGCUGAUAUAAUUGAUAAUUUCUUGAUAGACAGUGGAAAUGACUUAUUGAUAAGAAAAGUGAUUUGCGAAUUUAUCUAUGCCGUUGUAACCAAAUAUGACACAUUCAACACGUUCAUACGUCGAGGUUUCACUAUAUUGCAAGAUCUGUGUCAUCUUGCCCCGAAUGAUUCUGAGGAUCCGGAUAAUUCUGAAGAUCUGGAUAAUUCUGAGAACCUGGAUAAUUCUGAGGAUUCGCAUGAUUCUGAAAACCUAAAAGAUUCAAUUCGGAUUCGAACGUUUGUUGGUAUUUGUAAGAUGACGAAAUUCGAAGAGUUAAAAGAAGAAUUGCAGGCUGUCCCUACGUUCAAUAAAGAACAGAUAGGUACAUGGCUGAAGAUUUGCAUACGAUUCUUGACCAAUCCUCAGAGAAAUAUGAGAAAAUGGGCCAUUGAAGGUCUGUCGUAUCUCACUGUCGACCUCGGAGUCAAAGACGAUUUGAUCGGAGACAAACAAGCCGUUCAGGCGAUAAUCGAGUUUGCCAAGACUGAAAAUGAAUCGAUUCUCUAUCAAGUGGACAUAUUGCUGGUAAACUUGUGCAGCGCUUAUGACAAGGAAGAUUUAAUAAUCGAGAGAGAAACGUUUGUCAAUUAUUUUAAUCUUGAUGAGGCUCACAUACAAGCCAAGGACGACUACGUGGAAGAAAGACGGCGCGUGUUAGCGGAGGCCGGUGUGACCAGCGCUUUGGUGAGCCUCGCUAAAACAGGCAGCGAGAAUAGCAAGGAAUUAAUAGCCCGCGUUUUCAACGCGAUAUGCAGUGAACAUGAUUUGAGAAAAAUAGUUGUUCAAGAAGGCGGCACGGAAACAUUAUUGUCGUUAGCGCUGAAUGGCACAGACAUAGGAAAAAUAGAUGCUACGCGAGCCCUGGUCUAUCUAGCACUUACGACAUCUCCUGAGGUUGCAUUUCCCGGUCAGAUAAUAAUGGAGGUUGUACAGCCGAUCUCAAAUCUCUUGAACCCGGAGCGUUCCAUUAAUGAGAAAUGCGAUGCUCUAACAGCUUUGUGCAAUCUAGCUAGUGUCAACAACAGCAUGCGAGAACAUAUUUUCAAGACAGAAUAUGAGAGAAUUAAGCAAUUGGUAUUAUCCCAUGAAUUCGUUAUUCAAUUUGUUGAGCAGAGAUCUGAUCACCUUUUUGAUCUUAUGAAUUG